UGGGAGAUGUAUCUCAUUGGGAGAAGAUGCUUCCUCCCCUUCUUCCAGUGACUGACGAUGACCAUGGUGCUUGGGUCGUUGUUGUCGCCACAAUCUUGGUGAUUCUGGUUUUUGGGGUGACAACUAUCACUCUCAUUUCCCGGCUCCGCAUUCUUCGCAAAUUUUCCUGGAGCGACGCUUUUCUCCUGGCAGGAACACUUUUUUAUCUUCCCCAAACGGUGUGUGUCAAUAUCGCCAGCAGGAACGGCCUUGGGCGCCAUAGAGAUACUAUAGACGAUGAGUCUUUUGGGGCAUACAGUAAAUCUCUAUAUGCUAGCCAAAUCCUGUCUGUCGUCGUGCUCGCUUGUUCCAAAGCUGCCGUUACACUCCUGGUGGUAUCCAUCGAACCUUUCGCCGCUGUGCUCCUCGCCUGCAAGGUCGUCCUAGGACUGACGAGUGCCUGGGUGGUGGUUGGGGUUGUUACAUUGGCAGCCCAGUGCGAGAAGACAGAUUCAUGGGUCAUUGACUCGGGUAAUUGUGUCAACCAGGAGGCUCUUUAUCUGGCUCUUGGGAUCUGGCAUAUUCUAUUAGAUCUUGGCGUCAUUGCACUGCCGAUUGCCCUGGUGUGGAGGGUGCAGAUGAUCGGAUGGAAGCGACGUCAGAUUUCGGCACUCUUUGCACUCCGUUUAUGUGUGCCUCUCAUCUCAAUCGUCGGUCUGUUGUCGCUUAGCCCCUACUUUCAUUCAAUCCCGACAGAUCUGCCAUGGAAUGCGGUCAUGCCAGCGAUCUGGCUGCAAUUGAUACAGAGCUCAUCAAUCGUCUGUACCUGCAUACCAAGUCUCAAACGGGUGUUCGCUGACCUGCAAACUGGAAUGAUGGCUGGAACUAUUUCAGAAUUCUUCGAGCUUUCUGUCUCUGGUGGCCAGUACGAUACAACGGAUGGCUCUAGAACAAGGGGGAACCGGGGCAGAAGAAGCCCUUAUACGAUAGGAUCAGAAGUCCCCUCUGUUGGCGACAACGAAGUAAGAAACAGUGAUGCACCACGGAAUGAGUCCAGCCGUACAUUGCUUGGGCGCGGACAAAGGCGAGGGUCUCAAGAUUCUUCGAGUGGCCACGGCCUAAUGCUAUCCCACGAUGACGGAUGAAUCUCAACCCCCGAUAUGGCUGCAACGCCGUAGGACCCAUAAUUUUGCAUUUUCUUUCUUCCUGGGUGCUAUACUUUUCUUCUGUCA